AUGUGCGCGGACGAGGACCCUCUUACCGUUGAUGAGCAUGCUAUCCAGGUGUCGCUAACGAGUGGGCAGGCGGCGCAGGAUGAUACCGAUGCUGACUCCGCCCUUGGAGACGAUACCGGCAGUGAUACUACAUCACUGAGAUCAAGUAUUCUGAGGUACCGUGAGGAAAAUGGGAGGACAUACCACGCUUACAAAGACGGAGGUGAGAUCCGAGGAUUUGAUGGUUCUUAUUCACUCCCUAACGACGAUAUUGAAAACGAACGAUUAGAUCUUCAACAUCAUCUAUUCCUUCUCACUUUUGAAGAACGACUACAUACAGCUCCCUUGCCUAAGAACUUCAAACGCGCUCUUGAUGCCGGUUGUGGUACUGGAAUCUGGGCCAUUGAGCUUGCCGACGAACAUCCUGAGUGCGAGGUCAUUGGCGUCGACUUGAGCCCAAUUCAGCCUUCAGCCAUUCCGCCCAACGCUUCAUUCUACGUAGAUGAUCUGGAAGAGUCCUGGGAUUAUUCUAACAAGUUUGACUUCAUCUUUGCUCGGUUUCUCACUGGCUCCAUCCAAGACUGGCCUAAGUUCUUCAGUGAAAGCUUCAAGAACCUCAACCCUGGUGGAAGAAUAGAAUUGAUCGACAUCAUCUAUCCACUCCUCUCCGAUGACGGAUCACUCGCCAAAGACUCCGCAUUAUCCAAAUGGUCAGAAAUGCUCCAUGACAUUUUCACCAAGAACGGACGUCCCAUGGACAGUGCAUUGAAGUAUAACGACCAGCUUCAAGAAGCCGGGUUUACAAAUGUUAACAUUGUUAAACGCAACUGGCCUUUAAACCGAUGGCCUAAGGAUCCCAAGCAUAAGCAGAUUGGUACUUGGGCUCAGCAAAACACGCUGGAUGCUUUAGCUGCUUUGAGUCUCGCUGUGUUUACACGCCCUAAUGGUCAAGGCGGACUUGGCUGGAAAAGAGAAGAAGUCGAAGUUUUUCUAACCGAUGUACGAAAGGAUAUUAAGAACGUCAAGAUUCAUUCAUACUGGCCGAUGUAA